AUGAGAUAUUGCACUUUCACACAAAAGAAGAAAUAUAGUAUUGUUUCAUCUCUGGAACUGGAAAUAAUAAUAAUGCAAGACUUUAUCUCAAGUUCUUCUUCUUCUUCUUCAACUUCACUACUUCAAAAACGCCUUCAUUAUAUAAUCCACAAUCGUCAAGAAUGGUGGGUUUAUGGCAUAUUUUGGCAAGCGUCAAAAGACACAAAUGGUCGUCUUAUUUUCUCGUGGGGGGACGGCCAUUUCCGCGAUUUAGCGCUGGCCAAAGUCCAUAACGCUAAUGUUAGCGAUAUGGAAAUGUUUUAUGCGAUGUCAGCGCCAAAUUGUUUUGUGUCGGAGGACGACCUAAUCGUCCACGCUUAUAAUUCUGGUUCCUAUGUUUGGCUUAAUAAUUACUACGAAUUACAAAUUUAUAAUUACGAUAGAGCUAAAGAAGCUCACUUGCACGGUAUUCGGACUCUGCUUUGUAUUUCUACUCCUCAUGGUGUUGUUGAAUUGGGUUCCUCUCAAGUUAUCCAAGAAAAUUUGGAACUAGUCCAAUUAAUAAAGUCAUUAUUUGGACAAAUUAAUGAUCAUGGUUUUAAUUUUGUUCCUUUAGGAGAUCAUAUGGAUACGAAAACAAUAAUUAUGGGGUCCGAUUCAGGAAAUUCGGAUGAGUCUUCGGCUAUGAAUGAGGAUUCACCUAAAAAACGAGCAAGAAAAUCCACAACAGCGAAAAAUCAUGUUGAAGCAGAAAGGCAGAGACGGGAAAAGCUGAAUCAUCGGUUCUAUGCUCUAAGGAGUGUGGUCCCUAACGUGUCUAAAAUGGACAAAGCUUCUUUGUUAGCUGAUGCGGUUACUUAUAUUAAUGAGCUCAAAGCCAAAGUGGAAGAAUUCAAGGCGGUGUCAAGUAAAAAAAUAAUUCAGAAGAGAAAUAGCGUAUCAUCAUCUGCAGUAGUUGAUGGUACGAAUGCUAAUAUUAAUAUGUUUGCGUACGGAAUGGAGGUGGAGGUGAAGAUUAUUGGAGUUGAAGCUAUGAUUCGGGUGCGUUCACCGAAUGUGAACUAUCCAUGUGCGAGAUUGAUGAACGUGUUACGAGAGUUAGAGUUUCAAAUUCACCAUGCAACUGUUUCAAGUAUGAAGGAGAUGAUGCAACAAGAUGUUGUCGUUAGGGUUCCUCAUAAUGUCACUAAUGAAGAAGCCAUCAAAUCUGUUAUCCUCACAAAGUUAAGUCUUGCUUAGCUUACAUUUCAUUUGAUAUAUAAAUAUUACUCGUAUACUAUAAUUUCAUUGUCAUAUCAAGUGUUCCUAAUAUAUAUAUAUGAAGGACACAUAUAUAUAUAUAUAUCGUACGUCUUCUUAUUGAUCAGGUGAAUGUUGUAUCAAAUAUAAUCUACUACUUUUAAGUUAAAGCUACUUAAUUUGUUUUUUCCUUUUCGAUGUUUA